GGAAAUGUUAUCAAAUUUUGUCUUUGCCAAAAAUUGAUAAAAUUUGAAAAAAUAUGAAAGACAGAAUAGACAGAAUGAAAAAUGAUCAAUUUCCGGUCAAAAAUAUCACACUAUGAUAUUCCAUCGCUUGGUAAUGUGCUGUCAUCGAUCUCCAGAACUAUAUGCUAUGUUCCGGCGCAUCAUCCAGUCAACCAAAGUGAUAUUGGCAAAUUGAGAGAAUUUCUGCUGUCACACAAAAGUAAAACGUUGGUGAUAACAGGUGCGGGCGUUUCUACCGAAAGUGGAAUUCCGGAUUACAGAUCUAAAGAUGUAGGCUUAUUCGCUCGUAGUAAUCAUAAGCCCAUGACUUACCAAAAAUUCAUCGAAAGUGACGCCGGCAGAAGACGAUACUGGGCUAGAAGUUACGUUGGAUGGUCCAGCUACUCGAAAAUUUCCCCCAACUCGGUGCAUCGCGCUCUGAAGAAAUUAGAAGACGAUGACUUUAUUUCAACUAUCAUAACUCAAAAUGUUGAUAAUCUGCAUAAAAAAUGCGGCAGUAGGAAUGUGAUCGAGUUACACGGGACUCUAUUUCAAGUCAUUUGUUUAUCAUGUCAAAAUUCUCUGGAUCGGUUCGAGUUUCAAAAGAUGCUCGAAAGCCUGAACCCGAAAUUUAAUGUAACGCCCAGUAUGAUUAGACCCGAUGGCGAUGUUGAUUUACCAGAGGAAUUUGUGCUAUCGUUCAAUAUUCCUAGCUGUCCGAAAUGCGAUGGAAUUUUAAAACCAGACGUUGUAUUUUUUGGAGAAAAUGUACCUUUACAUAGGGUGAAACAUAUUCAAAGAGUCGUCGAAAGUUCAACGGCUGUUCUAGUUUUAGGAUCUACUUUGGAGACCUUUUCAUCAUACCGAAUCAUCUUGCAAGCCAGAGAUUUGAAAGUACCUGUAUACAUGAUCAAUAUAGGGCCAACUAGAGCAGAUAAUUUAGCGACAUUCAAAGUGAGCGCCAAAUGCGGCGAAGUGUUUGAACAUUUGUUACCAAAAUUACAGCUGUAAUUCAGUUUUUUCUGUUAUUAUUAUUAUUUUUUUUUGUUGAAUAAAUUUGAAGUUCGUUGUUUA